GUAAAACGUUCCAUUUAUCCAAAUCAAAGAUGUUCUUCGUUUACUAGCAAGUCUUCAGCCAUCGCCUCUGUCUCUUUGCUUGCAACCAAUUUCUGUUUUUUUGGUUGAUUUUAACUUCUUCAUCAUUCCAUUCCAAUUUCCAAUACCCAAUUCUUUAUUCUCUAUUCUCUUCCAGAUCUCCUACAUUUCAAUCCCCAAGUUUCCGUCUUCAAAUUUCACGGGCUUCCUUUUCAUAGCUUCUAACUUUUAUGCCGGGGACAACGACAAUCCAUCUCCCCUCCUAAAAUAUGGACAGAACCGGAUCCUUCAAUCACCAUACUUCAUCCAACGAUUCCCAGAAUUCUUGGAAUCCAGAUACUGGAUUUGGCGCCAAUGAUCGGAGGUUCGCUUUCUCCCGUCAAGCUUCCUCUAAGCAAUGGCAAGACUUGCCCCCCCAUACUCCUUUUUCUAUCAACUCCGACGAUUCCGCCAAGCCUUUGCUUUCGCGGAAUAUGUCGAGCAUAAACAUUCCGCCUGGGGGAUACUUUCCUUCUGAAAGUAACAAAUUUUUUAGUGUAAAGGAUAAUUCAGGUGAUAAAUUAUCGGUUUUGUCUCUUGCUUUUUCGAUUUUGGAGAAUGUGAGAUCUGGGAAUCGGUAUAUGAAGAGGCUGUUUUUGAUGAUUUCGCUUAAUGUUCUGUAUUCGACUGCCGAGUUAGCUAUUGGUCUCCUUACUGGUCGUAUUGGUCUGGUUUCUGAUGCAUUUCAUUUGACUUUUGGCUGUGGCCUUCUAACAUUUUCAUUGUUUGCGAUUUCUGCCUCUCGGAGUAAGCCCAAUCAUGUUUACACCUAUGGGUACAAGAGACUAGAGGUUUUGGCUGCAUUUACUAAUGCUCUAUUUCUUCUGUUCCUGUCAUUUUCGUUAGCCGUGGAAGCACUUCAUGCUUUUAUACAAGAUGAAUCUGAACACAAGCACUACUUAAUUGUCUCAGCCGUAACAAAUUUGUUGGUCAAUCUUAUUGGUGUUUGGUUCUUCAGGAACUAUGCUCGCAUUAAUCUUGUGUACAGAAAAGCUGAAGAUAUGAACUACCAUUCAAUUUGCUUGCAUGUUCUUGCAGAUUCUAUCCGAAGUGCAGGUCUGAUACUGGCGUCCUGGUUUUUGUCUCUAGGGGUACAAAAUGCUGAAGUUUUGUGCUUAGGACUGGUUUCAGUUGCAGUCUUUAUGAUUGUCAUGCCUCUCUUUAGAGCAACCAGUGGUGUUUUACUUCAAAUGGCACCGCCUAGCAUUCCAACUUCGGCAUUAAGCAAGUGUUGGAGACAGAUUACAUCCCAUGAAGACAUAGUAGAAAUCACUCAAGCGCGAUUUUGGGAAUUAGUACCUGGUCAAGUUAUUGGCUCUCUCUCUUUAACGACAAAGAAAGGAAUGGGCAGUCGCCAAGCACUUGAAUUUGUGCACGAUAUGUAUCAUGAAUUGGGCAUACAGGACUUAACAGUGCAAACUGAAGAUGCUUGAGUUGCUGCUGCUUCAUAUUUCUCCUCAUUCACCCCUUUAUUAAUGGUGGUCGUAUCUUUAGGUUACCCACACUAUCAAUUUUUUGAACGGGUCCUCAUUAGGUUUAUGAUAUAUACCAAUAUCUCAAACAUGUUCCUCAGCGUUGAUGAUAGCUGAUAAAUGUCUUAAUUUUAAAUUUUUUCCUCGUCUCUUCCCAUAUCUUGCGGCAUUCUUAUAUGGACUUCAUUGUUCUAAUGUAAAGUUACGGUAGCUUUAGAUAUAGAUAGGUAACCGUAGUGAAAUUUUGUUGAGGAUUAUAAAAUUGGUUUAAGGAUUAUGAUUAAUUAUUUUAUUA